UCCAAACGAACCAAACAGCCACCACAGAUCCGAGCUUCCGUCCUCCGGGCCCACCACCACGGCGGCCAUACCCGCCGGCGGCCGGACCUAGCGCCUCUCGUCCGUUCGCCUCGCCGCGGGCCGCGGGUGGGGGGGCGGCCAUGGAGGACUACCCGGAGGAGCUGCGGACGCCGCCGCUGUCGCUGUUGUCCAUCGUGGGGUGCCCGGAGCUGCACCCCUCGAUCUCGGCGGCGCUGAGCUCCCAGCAGCCGCCCAUGAACUUGCUCGCGCUCCCGGACUUCUCAAAGGCCUCCAUCCUCGCUCGCACCGCCAAGACCCGCGACCCGCUCGCGCCGCCGCCGCCCCCCGCGGGGAUCCUGAAGAAGGACUGGCUCCUCAAGCACCGCACCCGAGUGCCCGCCGCCGUCGCCGCGAUGUUCCGGGCCGAUCAGGUCUCUGGGGACCCCGCCCAGUGGCUCCAGGCCUGCUCCGAUCUCGAGAACCUCAAGUCUGUAAUUCAGGGAAGGAACACUAAAUUAGUGGUGAUCCUUGUACAGUCUCAAGCUGGUGAUGAACUGGGCGAGGAUGUUACGGUUGCACUGAGAAAACGUGCAGAAAUUGAUUCAAAGCACCUGGUUGUGUUGGUUGAGAGAGAUGAAACAGAAUGGACCAAAUCUCUCAACAAGUUGACGAGUGUUUUUACGGAGUUAUGUACAACAUACUAUAAGGAUGAAGGACGAAGGAUAAAAUCUCGCAUUGAGAAAAGGAAUUUCUCAUCUGUUGAGCUGAGCAUCCGCUACUGUUUCAAGGUUGCUGUUUAUGCGGAGUUUAGGCGGGAUUGGCCUGAAGCACUAAAGUUCUAUGAGGAGGGCAUUCGGGUUCUGCGUGAGAUGGUUGGAACUUCAACAAGGCUGCCUCCAACCCAACACCUAGUUGAGGUAAAAGCAAUUGCUGAGCAAUUUCACUUUAAGAUAUCAACGAUAUUACUUCAUGGUGGAAAAGUUGUAGAAGCAAUCACAUGGUUCCGUAAGCAUAUCAGAAGCUAUGAGCGUGUUGUUGGAUCACCAGAAAUUGCUUUUCUUCACUGGGAAUGGUUUAGCAGGCAGUUCCUUGUAUUUGGUGAGCUUAUAGAAACAACAGCUGCAACCGUUCCGGAUACACUAUCUCCUCGUUUUGGUACUGCUGACAAUGUACUCACUGAGUGGGAAUUUCAACCAGCUUACUACUAUCAGUUGGCGGCAAAUUACUUGAGAGAGAAGAGGUAUGCCUUAGAAUGCUCUUCAUCAAGUGUAAACCUUACUGAAGGAGUCAAUGGACUACCUGAGUCAGUAAUGCCUUCUGUAUAUGUUGGUCAAUAUGUGCGCUUGUUUGAGCAAGGAGAUACAGUUGCCGUGCUUCCACUUUCUGAUACUGAGUACACCAGCUAUGCUUUGUCAGAAGCUGAAAGAUUUCAAGAUUCCUAUGAGAUAAUUGCUUUGUUUAGAAAAGCUUAUGAGUCAUUUCAGAGCCUAGGUGCCACAAGAAUGGCUUCUGUUUGUAGCGGUGGAAUGGCCAUAGAAUAUUAUGCAGCAGGGGAUUUUAGUAAUGCAAAACAACUUUUUGAUGGUACUGCUGGCAUAUAUCGUCAAGAAGGCUGGACCACUUUACUUUGGGAAAACCUAGGUUACCUGAGAGAAUGUGCAAGGAGACUUAAUUCUCUGAAGGACUUUAUCGGUUAUUCACUUGAGAUGGCUGCAUUACCUUUAUUCUCGAGCAGUGGGCAGGGAAAUUCAUCAGAAAACAAAAGAAAAAAUGGACCAGCAGGAUCUCCUACCAUUUCCAGUAGAGAGAGCACACAGCAGGAAGUCAUUAAUAUCUUGGAAGGGAAGCGUACAUCAGAAAUCACUGAUGAUGGGUCCAAUUUUCAUUUGAUGGAAGAGUCUACUCACAUUGAUAUUGAUCAAAUAAGUCCACUAAGGAUGGUACUUGUUGCUUGUGUUGCUUUUCAUGAUCAAUCUGUAAAACCUGGUUCACCAAUGCUUGUCAGUGUAUCUCUACAGUCUCAUCUUCCUUGUCCAGUUAUGAUUGAUAAGUUGGAGGUUCAAUUUAACCAAUCUGGCUGUAACUUUGUUAUAGUUAGUGCACAGGAAGAUUGUUCUGUAUCCAAUCCACAUGCUGAUGUAGCUACUCAAACUACUUCUCUGACAUUGUUCACUGAUAAAUGGUUGCGGUUGACUCAUGAAGUUAAACCAGGAAAGAGUGGAAAGCUGGAAUGUUUGUCAGUGAAGGCAACAAUAAGUAAGCGUCUUGUAGUUUGCUGCCAAGCUGAAAGUCCUGUUUCAAUGGAAGAAUUUCCUUUGUGGAAAUUUGAGGACCAAGUGGAGACAUUACCUACGAAGGACAAUGUACUCGCCUUUUCUGGGCAGAAACUAAUCCAAGUUGAAGAGCCGGAUGCUCAAGUUGACCUUCUCUUAGAUUCUACUGGUCCUGCAUUGGUUGGAGAAUUAUUUACAGUCCCAGUGACCGUACUUUCAAAAGGACAUGCGGUUCAUUCUGGUGAACUGAAAAUCAACCUUGUUGAUGCCAAAGGUGGAGGUCUUUUGAUGAGUCCUAGGGAAGCAGAAGAAUCUGAAAGUCAUGAUGUUGAACUUCUUGGUGUCUCAGCUGUGACAGCAGAGAAUGGGUCAAAGGAAGAAGUUGAUAACAUAAGAAAAAUCCAGCACUCAUUUGGGGUAGUAUCUGUUCCCACAUUAUGUGCAGGUGAUUCCUGGUCAUGCAAAUUGGAAAUUAAAUGGCACCAGGCAAAGUCAGUCAUGCUCUAUGUCUCUUUUGGCUAUUCCCUGGACUCCACUGAGGAAGCAGCACUGCACAGACUAAAUGUGCAUAGAAGCUUGCAAAUCGAAGGUAAGAUCCCUAUGAUAGUUGGUCACCAGUUUUUAAGACCAUUUAGGCGAGAACCCCUGUUACUAUCUAGGAUCAGAUCAUCAAGUGGUGAUGAUAAAAAAGGUUCUCUUGCUUUGAACGAGUCAAAUAUGCUCAUUGUGAGUGCUAGAAAUUGCACAGAGGUACCUUUGUGUCUACACGCAAUGACCAUUGAGCCUAAUGACAACGGAAAGCAACUCUUCUCAGUGGAACAGAUCAGUGGGAUUUCCAAUGAAUGCCCGGUUAUUGGUCCUAGCGAAGAAUACAAAGGAAUAUUUUCUGUGAAUCCACGGGUUGUCAGUUCAAGCUUUUGCCUAGGUGAAAUUUGGCUGAGCUGGUCAAGAGACUCAACCCUUGGAGAGAGUCAGGAUAACCGUGUUAUAAUGAAAGAAAUGUUACCUGAAGUUCAUAUUGAGGAGCCGCCACUUGUUGUGACCAUGGAGUGCCCUCCUUACGCUAUCCUUGGAACCCCUUUUACUUUUCAUGUGAAGAUCUAUAAUUCAACAUCCCUACUUCAGGAAAUCAAGUACUCUCUUGUUGACUCCCAGAACUUUGUCUUUUCUGGCGCUCACAACCAUGCUGCAUCCAUUCUGCCCAAAACCGAGCAUAUUGUUAGCCAUAAGCUUGUGCCGCUUGGUUCCGGCUCCCAGCAGCUGCCAAGGAUAACAGUAACUUCAGUGAGGAGCUUCGACGACGGGUUCCCGAACCUGUUCAUCAACAACGCGCACGACAUCCAGGGGCAGCACGUCGCGUUCCUGGCGUCGUUCAGCUCGCCGUCGGUCAUCUUCGAGCAGAUCUCCGUCAUCUUCGCGCUGCCCAAGCUCUUCGUCGCCUCCUUCACGCUCGUGCUGCCCUUCUUCCCCACGGGCUCCUUCGAGCGCGUCGAGGAGGAAGGCGACGUCGCCACCGCCUUCACUCUGGCGCGCAUCCUCUCCAUGAUCCCCAGGUCCCGCGGCGGGCCUACCAGCGUCGUCAUCUACGACAUCCACGCGCUCCAGGAGAGGUUCUACUUCGGGGAUGACGUCCUGCCCUGCUUCGAGACCGGGAUUCCGCUCCUGCUGCAGCGCCUCCGGCAGCUCCCAGACGCUGACAAUAUCACCAUUGCCUUCCCAGAUGAUGGGGCGUGGAAGCGUUUCCACAAGCUAUUGCUCAACUUUCCAAUGGUUGUAUGCGCAAAGGUUCGUGAAGGUGACAAGAGGAUAGUUCGAAUUAAGGAGGGGAAUCCUGAAGGCCGGCAUGUGGUUAUUGUUGAUGAUUUAGUGCAAUCUGGAGGGACUCUUAGAGAAUGCCAGAAAGUUUUGGCUGCUCAUGGUGCUGCAAAAGUUAGUGCCUAUGUGACUCAUGCUGUUUUCCCCAAGCAGUCGUAUGAACACUUCACUCACACUAAUUCUGCUGGGCCGGCUGACCAGUUUGCGUACUUUUGGAUUACUGACUCCUGCCCUCAGACAGUGAGAGCAAUCAACCAACAACCUCCAUUUGAGGUGUUGAGCCUCGCUGGCUCGAUCGCGGAUGCCCUUCAAAUUUGAGCUCAGUACUUGGUGAUGGGCUACUCCCAUUCUGCCUAAAUGUAAGAGUUCCAAUUUCAGCUCCAGCAAAACAAAUAAUGUGGAGUGAGCUAUCUAAUGUUAUGGCCUCAUGUCUUCAUAAACAGCUCAAUGAGUGAGUAAAAUAAGGCCUGAUGUUCAUUUGUUCCUUCUUGAGCAA